CGCGGGAGUCAUCAGGCGAGAACUCAAUGCGGAAGUCAGCGAGAGGCGCUCAUGUUGUUGACACGGAGUCGCAAUGGAAGCUAAAAUGACUUUUUAGCGUCUCGCCUCUCAUUCCACGCCACUUCUUCCCUCGCCAUUGUCGGCUCGGAGACUUCCAGCCGGCGAACCGCAUCGGUCGGCCCGCAUGCUUCUCGCCGGCCCGAGCUUCAUCCACGCAAGAAAAUGACCGGAGAGAAGCUGCGAUCCGCGCGGAAGGACCACAGGCCGAGUCCGGACGACGACUUGCUGGAGCCGGACGACGACGACGAGGAGGCGGCGGCGGCGGCGGCGGCCAGUGCGAUGUUUGCCGCCAACAAGAGCAACAAGAGCAGGGCGAGUCGACUCUUCAGCAAGCACAAGUUAGUCAAGUGCGCCGACAACAGAAACACCUGCGGGGUGACCGCGUCUCAGGUCCUGGACGACGACAACAAGAACCCCGUGGUCGUUCCACGCGAACUCCACUUCCCCGUCCACGAGUGCGUGUUCCAAGGGGACGUCAGGCUGCUUUCCUCGCUCAUUCGGACACAAAACAUCGCCCAGAAAGACGUCCACGGAAACACACCGCUGCAUCUGGCUGUCAUGACGGGUCACAAAGAAUGUGCCCAUCUGCUGCUGGCCCACAAUGCACCAGUGAAGGUGAAGAAUGCUCAGGGAUGGAGCCCCCUGGCAGAGGCCAUCAGUUACGGGGACAGACAAAUGAUAACGGCUCUGCUGAGGAAGUUGAAGCAACAGUCCAGGGAGAGUGUGGAGGAGAAGAGGCCCAAGUUACUAACUGCACUGAAAGAGCUUGGAGACUUUUACUUGGAGCUUCACUGGGACUUCCAGAGUUGGGUGCCUCUACUCUCCAGAAUUCUGCCUUCUGAUGCCUGCAAGAUCUCCAAGCAGGGACUCAACAUCAGACUGGACACCACCCUGAUAGACUUCACAGACAUGAAGUGUCAGAGAGGAGAUCUCACCUUCAUCUUCAACGGCAACGCCAGCGCUUCAGAAUCCUUCGUGGUGAUGGACAACCUGCAGCAAGUCUACCAGAGGAUUCAUCAGCAGGAGUGUGAGAUGGAGACGGAGGAGGAAGUGGACAUCCUGAUGAGCAGUGAUGUCUACUCAGCCACACUCUCCACCAAGUCCAUCACCUUCUGCAGAGCACAGAGUGGUUGGCUCUUCAGAGAGGACAAGACGGAGCGUGUGGGCCACUUCCUGGCUGACUUCUACUGUGUGAAUGGACUGGUGCUGGAGUCCAGGAAGAGGAGGGAGCAUCUGAGUGAGGAAGACAUCUUGAGGAACAAAGCCAUCAUGGAGAGUCUCAGCAAAGGAGGAAACCUCAGCCAACAAAACUUGGAGCCUGUAAGAAGAUCAUCUUUGACUCCACCUUCUAACAACUUUGUAACCUGGGAACAAUACAUCACUGCUGAAUAUGGAAGCCCCCCUCACCUGGGCAGAGAGCUGCUGUGCAAAGAGAGCAAGAAAAGCUUCAAGGCCUCAGUAGCGAUGAGUCAGGACUUCCCUCUAAGCAUCGACUCGCUGCUGAAUGUUCUAGAAGUGAUCGCACCCUUCAAGCACUUUAAUAAGCUGAGAGAGUUCGUACAAAUGAAACUUCCCCCCGGCUUUCCUGUCAAACUGGAUAUUCCCGUCUUUCCGACCAUCACGGCGACUGUAACCUUUCAGGAGUUCCGCUACGACGCCUUUGAUGAGAACAUUUUCACGGUCCCUAGCGAGUACAAGGAGGACCCUAGUCGCUUCCCUGACCUUUGACCCCACUACAAGCAGGAAGAUUCUAGAAAAGUAUGUUUACACCAAAAUACUCUUUGGUCUUCAGUCUUAGCAAACAAUUGGUACCCUUUUGUUUGGUACCCACCUGUUUGGUACCCUUUUGUUUGGCCCCUUCCUGUUUGGUACCCUUUUGUUUGGCGCCCACCUGUUUAGUACCCUUUUGUUUGGCCCCUUCCUGUUUGGUACCCCUUUUGUUUGGCGCCCUCCUGUUUCAAUGUCACUCAAUCAAUCAAUGUUUAUUUAUAUAGCCCUAAAUCACAAGUUUGGUACCCCUUUUGUUUGGCGCCCUCCUGUCUUGUUUGGCGCCUUCCUGUUUGGCACCAAUUUUGUUUGGUGCGCCCUCCUGUUUGGUACCCCCCUGUUUAGUACCUCAUGUUUGGCAUCCUUUUGUUUGGCGCCCUCCUGUUUGGUACCCUUUUGUUGGGCACCCCUUUUGUUUGGCGCCCACAUGUUUGGUACCCUUUUGUUUGGCCCCUUCCUGUUUGGUACCCCUUUUGUUUGGCGCUCUCCUGUUUGGUACCCCUUUUGUUUGGCGCCCUCAUGUUUGGCAUCCUUUUGUUUGGUACCCUUUUGUUUGGCGCCCACCUAUUUGGUACCCUCCUGUUCGUCACCCCUUUUGUUUGGCGCCCACAUGUUUGGUACCCUUUUGUUUGGUACCCCUUUUGUUUGGCGCUCUCCUGUUUGGUACCCCUUUUGUUUGGCGCCCUCAUGUUUGGCAUCCUUUUGUUUGGUCCCCCUUUUGUUUGGUGCGCCCUCCUGUUUGGCACCCCUUUUGUUUGGUACCCUCCUGUUCGUCACCCCUUUUGUUUGGCGCCCUCCUGUUUGGUACCCCUUUAGUUUGGCGCCCUCUUUGGCACCCCUUUUGUUUGGCGCCCUCCUGUUUGGUACCCCUUUUGUUUGGCGCACACUUGUUUGGUACCCUCCUGUUCAUCACCCCUUUUGUUUGGCGCCCUCCUGUUUGGUACCCCUUUAGUUUGGCGCCCUCUUUGGUACCCCUUUUGUUUGGCGCCCUCCUGUUUGGUACCCCUUUUGUUUGGCGCACACUUGUUUGGUACCCUCCUGUUUGGUACCCCUUUAGUUUUGCGCCCUCCUGUUUGGUACCCUCUUUGGUACCCCUUUUGUUUGGUAACCCUUUUGUUUGGUACCCUCCUGUUUGGUAUCCCUUUUGUUUGGCGCCCUCCUGUUUGGUACCCCUUUUGUUUGGUAGCAAACUUGGAGAGUCGUGGUGCCAAAAAGGGCGUAAACAAGUCAUGUUUGUUAAAAAAAAAAAGCUGAAUUGACAUAAAAAGCCGCCAUGAGUUCAACUUCUUCAUGUUUUUAACAUUUAAACUUUCACCAAACAUAAAAAGUUCAAAGUAAUUCCACUAACUUGCUAAUUUUCAAUGGAAACUUGGACCUAAAAAUGGCCAAGGUUGUAAAUGCUGCAGCUUCAUGACGUCAUCGUCUUCUUUGUUGUAUCUUAUUUUGUCACAAAGUUUGGAAGUUAUGCUGGAGAUAAAAAGGUCGUUUUUAUUGUUACGUUGGAGGAAACAAUUGAAGUCAAAAAAGGCACAAUGUAAAGAAAAAAGCUGGGCUUUUUUUUUUAUAGCCUUUUUACAAACUUUUUGAAA